CCACAUCUCUCCAACUCUCCGUGGCUCGCCAUGGCGCGGGUCGGAUCAUUCUAUGGGCUGCUGGGUGUGACGACAGAAGCCACGACGGAAGAGAUCAAAUUGGCCUUCAAACGACGUGCCUUGCAGGUCCAUCCGGACAAAGGUGGAAGCAAGGAGGCCUUUCAUUUGGUCUACCAAGCCUUUGAGAACUUGGCGGAUCCAGAAGCCCGGAAGCGCUACGACACUCAGAGAGCGACCAGCGCGUCAUCCAAGCAGAAGGCGAAGCCGAAGAAGUCGGCACAGCCUGAGAAGCGUGCGGCACCACCGAAGCCAGAGCACACAAGUCAGGCGUCAGGCACGAAGCAAUCCGAGACACCGAGGAUGUUUUCACACAAGCUGUUGACAAGGCUCUAUGAACUCUUGAAAAGACUCCCACGGGAGGUUCGAAAUGACAUCAUCCAGAAGGAGUUCACACAGAAGCAGCGAAUGCUUUUUGAGAAGUGGAUUGUGAAUCAGCGGGAAGCUGAGACUAAGAGAGAAACUGAGCAAGCCGCUUCCAUGAUGCUAUCUUCAAGUAGUGCUGCAAAGCAGGAGGCUCCUACAUGCCACACAGGACUAGAACCGCCAGCACAAGAACAGACAAUUGCUGCAAAUUCCAGCACUUUGAGUCUGAUUCCUGCACAACCCAGGUCUUGGAAAAAGAGGAAACAGAAGGUAGAAGUGAGAGCUCAGGUGGGUUUGGAUUCACUUUGUAUACUCUCAAGGGAGUGUGAUUUGCCAACAGCCAUUGAGUUUUUGAUCAUCCUGUCAUCGGUGAAGCAGAGAAUGCAAGGUUCCUCGCAGGAUGCUGAAGCCGUGUUCAGAAGUCGACUUGCAGAAGCACUGGAGCAAUCUCUAGCUGAGCAUGCCAGGCACGAGAGAAGGAGCUAUGACGACCUCAGCCCCCGUUUUACCAUUCAGCACCGUAUUAGUUACUUUCUCGGGCCAAACCGCUACCUCCGGUCACCUACCAUUCGAUCACUCCAAGAAGUUGCGAAGCUCCGCAGUCGCCUCGCACCAUUUCGCGAGUGCGUGUUGAAGCCUGGUCAGCACUCUGGGGCCAUCAUUUGGCGCUAUGGCCCGAGUGACCUUGAGGGCGUGUGGGCUCGUAUCCAAGAGGUGGUCAAGGAGAUGUGGGAAAACACUGGAGAAGGUCGCAGUGCGGCCCAGUUGCGGAGAAUGCGUGCUUUGUACAAGUCACGUGCACGUGUUCGCAGCAAACACUUGCAGCGUUGGGAACAACAGCAUAUGGGCAAGAAUGACAAGUCUGCCAGAGUCCGCCCUCGCGUCAAGAGGAAGCGACAAGCAAUCGACAAGCUGCUGUUGGUCAGAAACUUGCUUCUUCGAUGGCACAAUGCCUUGAAGAAGCAAGAGCAAAUGGCAGAGUGCCAGCGACGGAAGGUUUUGCGUCAGCGAAAGAAGGAGCAGACGGACCGUCGACGGCUUGAAGUGUUGAAGCGCAAACGUGCGAGGGAAGAGCAAGCGGCAAAUCGCCUCAGGAGAGAGGCUUUGCGGAAGAGGAUGAAGGCUGAUCUCACGAUGGAUGAGAUCUUUAGUCGUUUGGAUGCAAAGAUUGGUUCCUCGAGGCCCUGACGGGUGGACCAGUGGAAACCGCCCCGAAAAACGCUGUCGUUCUUUUCCUAAAACCAGGCGGAUUUUUUCAUCAUUGGGUGUAUCUUUAAUUCAUAGGGAGACCCAACCAAUGGGCUUUGUGUUUUUCUCCUCUUUUUUCCGGUUCAAAAUGGGAGACUCCCGUUCGUUGGGAUCUCGUCGUGGAACACCGUUUCCCGUGCACGUCGUGACAGUCGGUGAGACUGUCUCCGCGAUACGAACGGAUCCCAACGACGGUUCGGUGAACCGUUUGAUGAGGCGUUCGGAUCAUUCGCCCAACGGUUGGGGUGGGGGAGGGGCACCAGAAUAGAGAAAACCCGUGAGCUUCCCUCGUGCACCUGGUUUUUUAAAACGUACCACUGAUCAAGCAGCUGCAGAUGCCGUAUAUCAUCAGUCAGGACCUGCAGAUUUGCCAGCAGUGAAGACACACCCGCUGUCGCAGGCCCUUCGCUGCCUGAACCACUGGAAUUCUUCCCAGAUCCCUACUUAAUGAGAGACAGCGCCGCCUGGAAACACCGCUCAAAAAAAGACGAACAACGCCUGGCACCUGGUUUUAGAUCGUGGAUUUCACCCGUUGCCUCCAACGGAGGCACCCCUUUGGAACUUCUGGUGCUAUGUAGUUUUGCGUAGUUUGUUUCUCAUUGUUUCUGAAGACCCCUAUAUAUCUUGGCUUGCCCAAUAUCGGGAAAAGGAUGGAAAAGGAUGCACACUGAGUUUCACAUGUCCUGCUUAUCUUAAUGUCUUAGGAGAAGGAGGUGAGGCAACCUCAAUUACUUCAUUAAACACCAACUCAGGGUUGUUUGGCUUUACAAGGAUCUUGUUAUUAAGUCAUCUUGUCUUCGCCUAAGAGAGUUUGUCCUUGGGAACAGCCAUUCCUUCGCCGUUGGCCUCGCCGAGACGCGAAGGGUCACCGCUUUCCCUGCGCUUUUUCAGCGCGCCACGGGAGUUUGCCGUUGACAGGUUCGGAUGGCAUCGAAAGUUCCGCGCCGCGCGUUCAGUCUGAGAAGAAUUCUCCGCGCCAAUUCGCG